GCUCCUCAUUACAUUGAAACGAUACAGUAUCAAUUAUCAAUCCGUGGUCCACCAUAAAUUUGUGAGUCCCAAUUUACACACCCCAAGAGGCUGUCCACGGCGUCGGCCGAACUCUGCAGAAUAUGGCGCAUGGAAUGUUUGCCACCUUCAAGGUCUCUAAGAAGGAAACUGGAACCACAAGACCCAUGGUGCGCCAUCGCCGGUCCACUAAGGGCUGCUAUACAUGUCGACGUCUGAGAAAGAAAUGUGAUGAGACCAGACCAAUUUGCCGCAGAUGUGGGCAAAAGUCAUCAGUCCAAUGCAUCUGGGAAGCUGAACAGCAACUUUCACCAUGCAAUUCUGGAGCCACACAUACGACCAGUACAGCAUCACCAUGCAGCCUAUAUACUAGUACUACCAGUACGACGCCAUGGUCACCUCAACUGACUCUGCAGUCUUACAUAGCGCACCAAUACACGGCAGAGACGCAGGCAUUCGAUAUCGACUUCAGGCAGCUUGAAUACCUGCUCCGGACCUUCGAUAACAUUCAUUGUGUUUCUUGGGUUGAUCCGAAGCACUCUUUAGUUGCGCUCGGAUUUCAGUACGCGCUCGAGAGACCAUCUCUGAUGUACGCCUUUGCUGCAUGUGGUGCAGCCAUCCUGGCAAAAAUUGAUUCUCGAUGGGAAAAGGUCAGCCUUGCUCACCAUACUCGGUCGAUCAGGUCAGUAUCUACAGCGCUCAACAGCAUCAGAACACCAACUGCGGAUGACCACGAAUGGCUAUUGGCGUCGAUCAAUGCUUUACACAUAUUUGAAACAUUGCGGAAUUAUGACUCUCGGCCCAACACUUUUCAUCUCACUGCUGCGGUCCGGCUUUGUGCCAGGGAAGCUGAACCUCCGCCACCAAUGACUUUAUUCAAACACAGGAUCCUAGGAGAAUUUAUCUUCCAGCUUGCGAUUGCCAGCACGUUUCAUGCAUCCUGUUUUCCCUCUGAACAACCGCUACUGUACGUUCAUGACUUGCUGGAAACUCUCUGUGUUGACUGCGACCUGGUUGACAGCGAAACACUCAACUGGGCAACGUCGUCUCCGGUCGGCAUCAUACACGAGGUUUUCGAUUGGAUAUUCAGGCUGUCGUACUUGCGUCUACAGGUUCCGCUGACUGGAUGGCACCGUACCGAAGCCAAAGCUAUUCUGGUCAAGUUAGAGAGCUGGCGGCCUUUGUCACCCUACUCUGCCACAACAAUGCAUCCAGCUGGUUUACCGUUCGAGAUGACUGUCAUUGCUGACCUGUAUCGCUGCGCAAGUCUCAUCCUGGCCCAUAAAAUCCUCCAGCCUACUCUCAUCCCCAAGGACGCCGUGAUCCGCUCAUACGUAAACCACGGGGUAGUCCUUCUCAACAAUAUUUCAGAUUUGAAAUUGAAGGACACCACUUUGGUGAUAUGGCCCAUCUUCAUCCUAGGUUUGGGCGCAGGCACGGACGAGGAAAAGGUUGCUUGCCAGCGGCCUCUCCAAUACCUACUUUCCACUUGUGGGAUCGGAUGUACACAGGGCAUCUUGAAGUUGCUUUUACAUGCAUGGGGAUGCCAGCCCACGGUGGAUGGUGCUGGUUCUGGCCUUGAUGUCAUUUUCAGAGACGACCUUCUCUGCCAAGUCAUUUUCUGAAGUACAAUGUCGUGGUGCUCGAUGAACAGUAGGACAUGUAAGACCACAAUAUCAAGACUGC